UUUUGCAAUAUAUCACAAGCAAUUGAUCUACUUACUUAUAAUUACCAAACAAAUACAUAUUUAUCACAAUUAAAUUUAACGAUUAUUACCAAACUUUCUGUUCCACUUUCCAUUUCUAUAAUUCUCCAUUUUUGAAAAGAUCGGUAGGUCUCUUCAAGCUCAUUCGAAUCGUCCACAUUCGACGUAUCCAUAUGCGGAGACGUUUACAAGGAGCGAGGAGAUUACUGUCGUCUGUUAUCAUCGUUGGUGUAUUAGUGUGAGAGGAAAGGGGGGUAUGGGGCGUUAUCGACAACGAUAGCGCGGCUAUAUAUAAAGCUGUCGGUUCGUCGUUGACAUUAGUUCAAUAUUCGCCGCGGUCUUUUCUUCUUAAUACACAUCUUCUAUCGUGUCUUUCUUUCUUUCUCUCUCCGCCUUCUUUCUCGAGUGUCAUCGAUAUACGUCUUGACCACCGUUGUACGCGAUUCAUCGUCAUCCCUACACAACUUCGAUCAUCACGCUCCAAGAUAUUUGCUGAAAGAUAAGGAAAGCUAAGCUUUAGAGUUGCAAUUUAUACACAGGUCAAAACAGAGGGAUAAUAGAAAGAACUAAAAAAAGAUGAAGGCGACGGUGUUCUAGCGUCGGUAGUAAACCGAACGCUCUCCAUCCCUGAAACAUUAAUUGUGUUUUUCCACGCGCGCCACGAAGCUCUAUCAGAAUUGCGGAUUGGAUUUGAAAUAUCGUUCUAGAAAGACGACGGCCACCGUGAAGAAAGAGUACCCACGUUUGAUGAAUCUGUUGCGGGCCAGCCUAGUUAUGUUCUCGAUCGAGUACAGCAAACAAUUCCUGAGCUACCGUAUACUCAAGUCGAAUCGGUUCAAGUACAUCUGACGAUACGGACUCGGACUAAGUGUGAUAAAAGGGUGUGCGCUACGGCGAGAGUGUAUACGUGAGCGUACUGUGCCGUGUUCGACUUGUUGGGAACGGAUAGUUCGGAGGAUAGAGGGAUCGAACACAGAGAAAGGGACCGGCAAGACCUGGAAAGUCUUGUUCGCGAUUUUCGAUCCAUGCGUCGAUCGUUUCCUACCCUUGAUACGGUCUGAGGAAACGAGGAGACGUCCGCCGUUUUCGAAACACUUUCGAAAACGCGAUAAAAAAAUCGCGAAAGAAGAAAACGAAUUUUAAUCUAUAAAGAGGUGAUACGAAUCAAUCGGAUAGAUACAUAGCAGCCGAUGAAACGCAAGAUUAAAUUAUUGAUUUGAAAUAACGAAAAUAUUGUCAACCUUUCAAAUCUAUUCGUAAAAAUUUUUCACAUCAAAGUGAAACACAAUCGAUACCAUACUUUCACAAAAAUUCUCUUUGAUUGAAAGUCUAAAAAUUUUAUAAAGGGGAAAUUUGCACGUUUCUGGUCGAAUUCGAUUAACGAAAAAGAAAAUACAAAAAAAAAAGAGAAUAAAAAUGAUCGUUUACGUCCCGGGUAGAAUGCCAAGCCACGUUGGUGGGUACGGCUCCGUUCGUUAUCCUGGCACGUUGCUAGGAACGAUACCGGGUUUUUACAGCCCGAUUUCCGGUUACCCGACUAGCCCAAACAUCAACUACUACGGGAGCCUCAGCCUGCAUCAGCAAGCACCGCUAGACCUUCCGGUUUGGCCGCGAAGCAUGCCGGUCGAGGAAGAACUCGGAACUUCCCCAUCGAACGCGUUGCCGGGUUUGGGAGUGUCGCCUGAUGGUUUGACGAACGGUGGCCCACCGAGCCCAGUGCACAGCGAUUCAGACGCCUCCAACUCUAGUUUGGAACUCGGCUCUAUUCGACGUGGAGAGAAUGCCCAACUAAAGUGCAGAUGGCAGAAUUGUGGUCGUUGGUUCACGUCCUUGGAACAGCUGGCAGGACAUGUUGCACGAUUGCAUGCUGCGCCGGGACCACGUGGACUCUUCUAUUGUGGCUGGGAAGGAUGUGCCAGAGGUGAACGUGGGUUUAAUGCUAGGUAUAAGAUGCUGGUCCAUGUCCGAACGCACACGAAUGAAAAACCGCAUCAUUGUUUUCAAUGCGAUAAAAGUUUCAGCAGGGCGGAGAAUCUCAAAAUUCACGCUCGUUCCCAUACAGGUGAACGCCCUUAUGUCUGUCCUGUUGAAGGUUGUAAUAAGGCCUACUCGAAUUCCUCAGACAGAUUCAAGCACACCAGAACUCACGCCGUAGAUAAACCUUACUGCUGUAAGGUUCCCGGUUGUCCGAAGAGGUACACUGAUCCCUCAUCUUUGCGUAAGCAUGUAAAAACAUAUAGACACUACGUGAACAACAACGAUAAGAUGCAAGAGAAGAGCUUUGAAGAAAGUAAUUCUCAGGAAAAAUCAAGGUUCGAUACCGUUUCACCAGAAAAACAAAGUAGUAGUACUCACUCUGAAUCGUCUGAUAAAAAAGACAGUAGCAUCGAAAGCAGCAUGUCAAGUUCGAGCCCGAAAGCUAGCAAUAGUUUUGAAGAGCAAAGGAAUUUUGUUGAAUGGAAUAAUAUGUAUAAUCUUCACGAGCAGCGUAAAGAACCGGAACAGAUAACACCUAGAAAAACGUACGAGCAGGAAGUGAAAAUCUAUCCGAGGAUCUAUGACGAUAGUUACAUAAUACCGGAAAGAAUUCAAGUGAAUCCUAUGUAUGUUUCUAAUAACACAAUCAUUAAAGGAAGUCCACCACAAUCGAUUCAAUCGCCUCAGACCAGUCCGCAUCACGUUCCUGAUACGUUGCCUCGUAUCGGAACACAGUCGACACCUAUUAAGAUCGAAGAAUCCGUCGAAUGUCCCAGCAAAAUUAGUUCUGUUGAUUACAGAAAUAUCGAGUCGAUCAUUAACAGCACACCAUGUAAAAAAGAAAACAUUGGGAUUAGUGAUCCUGUGAGACAUUCUGUGAUAAAAAGAGCAGAAGAUCUUAAGAUGGAAGUCGAGCAAAUGCCGAUUAAGGAAGAAAUUUGUAAAGAUACCACCGAUUGUUGUUGUCGUCACAAAUGUUGCGUACAUAAUAACGAUAACAUUUUGGAAAAAACGAAGAUCCUUUCAGAUUUGAUUCUUAAAACGCAAAAUCCUUUAUUUAGACAUCUGUUGGGCACGGUAGAUUUGCAGUACGGAUUGCAGAAUAUGUGGGGUAACAUCGUGGAUACGAACAAUACCUGUGGACAAGAUCUUCGAGUUAAAAAUGAGAAUGUUGUCGAAAUGGAGCAGGAUCUUCCAUUAGAUUUAACGAUUAAUAAAUAAAGAGAAUUUUAAAUCAUAUGGAAGUUAGCUUUUC